AUGGCAUCAGUUGCAAACAAGUCCUUUUCUGAGGCAAACAGUUGUGGCAGUUGUAGCCAGAACCGAGAGGCGGGUUCAACUGCAUCAACAGCUGUCCUUGUUGGUGAUCGUUUGCUCGUUGCAAAUGUUGGGGACUCUAGAGCUGUCAUAUGUAGAGGAGGAGAUGGGACAUGGCGUGUCGGUGGUGUUCUUGCCGUUUCUCGUGCAUUUGGUGAUAGGCACCUGAAACAGUUUGUUGUCGCAGAUCCAGAAAUUCAUGAGGAAGCGGUUGAUGGAUCUCUCGAAUUCCUCAUCCUUGCAAGUGACGGAUUGUGGGAUGUUGUCACGAAUGAGGAGGAGGUGGUAGCUAUUGUCAAACCCCUACAAGAUCCAGAACAAGCAGCAAAGAAACUGUUACAGGAGGCCUAUCAAAGAGGUAGUUCUGACAACAUCGCUUGUGUCGUGGUACAGUUUCUUGGCUAG